GACAAACAGCGCCUCUUCGUGGCAAAAAGCACCCGUUACUGUCAGGAUUAAACAUGUUGUGAGUUUAAUCUUUAACUACUACAAUGUGAGACAGGCGACGGAUAUCGCACAGUGUGCAGCGAGUCAAUGCUAGCCGCUCGAGCAGUUACGGUGGGCAUCACGUUGAUAUCUGUGGCCAGGACGAUGACCUCUGUGGCAGCGACGACAUCCUCAGAGACCCCGGGGCUGCACGCAGCGGCCAGCCGGGAUGCACACGCUGACAGCCCGCUACAGAGGCUCGAGAGGCUGUUCGCGGUGCCCGGAUACAACCCGAACCGAGUCAACGACCUGCUGCUGCUCCGGCCUGAUACACACGGACAGACCGACACCAAACCAAAGGAGAAGAGCAGCAACAGGCACGUGAUGUUCUUCCACGGGGACAUCCAGAACUUCCAGGAGGACAUGGCUCUGCAGCCUGAAGGAGCACAGUGGCUCUCCUGGAGUCUGGAGCAGGUCGCCCUCACCCUGGGCCGACGUUUCCCUGACCGAUAUGUGUGGGUGGUCAGAGCCUCCCACAUGUACCUCCACAAGUUCAGCUGCUACCACAACUUUGUAGAGAGCAACAUGUUUGGAGCACCGGAGCACUCGCUGUACUCACCUGACUUUGGAGCGUUUCUCCACCUCAGGGCGCUGCUGAGCCACGGCAUGGAGCGAGCCAACCUUCCACAUCCUGUCCAGCCACAGGGGGGCGCUGACAGCAUCCCUUCAGGAUUCUCGCUGACGCUGGUGGGCUUCAGCAAAGGCUGCGUGGUGUUGAAUCAGAUGGUGUACGAGCUGGCCGGGGCCCGCGCAGAUCCUCGGCUGUCGCACUUUGUGAAGCACAUCUCGGACAUGUACUGGCUGGACGGCGGGCACCCUGGCGGCAGCGAAACCUGGGUGACGAACAAGCGGGCGCUUAAGGAACUGGCUUCCAGCGGAGUGUCGAUCCACGCCCACGUGACCCCUUACGAGGUAUGUGACCCGAUGCGGGCUUGGGUAGGCCGCGAGCAUGGACUCUUCAUUAAGAUCCUGGAGGAGUUUGGGGCCUGUCCAAGUAAGAGGCUGCACUUUGAGGACGAGACCCCGUCCAUUGAGAACCACUUCAGGGUCAUCCAGGAGUUUUGAGGCUGGUGUAGGCUGGUUGUGAGCUCUUGCGUACAGAUUGUCUUCUCUGCUGGUCUUACCUCAUUUCUCUCUGAUUUAAGGGCUCAGAGUUUAGAGCGUGUGACAGAUGCUGGUGUUUCUACGGCUAAAUGCACUAAAUCCGAGUCUGAUUGAUUUGAGAUUCUUUCUCCUGCUUCCUGAGGUAGAGUUGGGCCGGUCUACAAACUUUUAAACUACUUUGACGUUAAGCCAAAUGCUGGAAUGGACGGGUUUACCAAAUUUUACCAGGCGUUGCACUUGAGUGGAACAUAAUGAAACGAUGUCCAAACAGCCACUGAGCCUCUGACUAUCGCAUAAUGUCGGAGAUCCCCGUCCGCAAUGAAUCCAUUAAAUACGCACCUGUUACAUCACGUAAGCACAGCAGGUAUCUGGGACUGAGCAGUAACCACUUUAAAGAUGGUCGAGUAUUCGCUACCUUCCUACGUUUGCAUAUUUUAAACAGAAAACACCUAUACAUAUGAAAGGCCAAACGGCGACAAAACUUUAACAUUUCAUGCAAGAACUGUUGCCAUGUCAAUGUCCCCUUAGGUUUCUUAAGAAACUAAUGCUGCCAUGUGUUCUUUCGUCACCCCAAAAAACACAUGAACUUUCUAGUAAGCGAACGGUGUGCGCUGCUCUGCCCCUCCCACCUCUACUACUUAGUCUGUUUAUUAACAAACAGAAUUUUAUGUAAAUCACAUGGUCAAAUUGCUUAUUACUAGUGCUGUUUUUUGUCAUGAUGACAAAUCAUUGAAUUAAUUUACCGGUUCAGACGAUAUGCGAAGAAUCAAAUCAAACGAUGGAGCAGCAAAAGCCAAAACUGACCCAGCUCUACCCAGAAAUAUGCAGGUAUAAAAUGGUCUUCCUUCUUUAUUCUUCAGGCUUAAUGUUAACGUUAAAUUGUGGCUUGAGCUUUAAGUUGCUGUAGAAACGUCGUUAUAGAGACGGGGAUGAUUCAUAGUGUUUCAGUUGGAUUUUGCUUACGAGGGAUUUUUUUUCUAAUUCAAGGGGUUUAAGAUUUCGUGUAACGUGAUUUAUAUUAAAUUCUGCUGUUAUUUUAAAUGAAUGUAUGUUUGGCUGAAGCAGAGCGGCUCAUUAUCUACCUGCGCUUGUGUUGAGCGAUUUUAAGACCCGUGAAUGUCUGAACGUGUGAACUUUACAGAGUCAGGUUCACGCCUCAUCAGUUGGUCUCUCAGUGAUAAGUGAUUGUAUUCAAAUGUUUGGCCAAAGAAUGCAGCCACGUAUUUGGUCUGUUGUCAUUCCUUCAGAUGAAUCCCAAUAGCGGACUGUCCACAGAUAACAUGUCACAUAGCUGCACCUUUUAGUAGCUGUUCUGGAGCUUUCAGUAAAAUCACAUGAUCUUUUUUAGCAAAUGGUGUCUGAAAGUGACGACCGUGUGGACGCAAAGUAAGAUCUUGUGAAUGGCUUUGGCACUUAAUCACUUCUUUGAAAUAUUAACUGAGCAUGUUAACUUGGUGUCCAAUUGGAUCUGUUCCAUACAUGUUUUAGUUUUGUUUCAAAGUUAAACAAGAAUAUCUUCUAAUUAGUUAAUAAUAAAGUACUUUAAAUCAACAAUUAGUUUAACUAAACCAAUAUUUACCAUGUUGUAAUGAGAUUUUUUUUGUUAAAAUAAUAAUUUUGUCUUCAGGUGGCAGAAAUGUGUUGUAUAUUCUGAACUUUGUUUGUUGUAAACAUACUUGUUAGUUUUGUGGGAAUGUCGCAGCAUGUUUUAAUUUCUGCGCGGCGUAUUCCAGUCUGUAUGAUCUCUGUGAGCUUACAUAGCAUCUUUGCACUACGCUUGUGGCUGUAACUGGUUUUGUUGAAUGUAACUUCGGAUCAUUCCAUUAUGUUUACUACUUGCUGAAUGCUAAGCUGUUUAAAAAUACAGUAAAGAUUUAAGUCUUUUACGGUGUUUACAAAGUGCACAGCCAAGACAAUGCCCACUAUUUUGAAUUUUCUGCUUGCUUAUUGAUUUAAACUGUCACCACUCUGUUCAGGUCACUAGUUAACAGUUUGUUUCAGAUGUCUUAUUGAUGAAGGUUGGCAUCCAUAAGUGCUGUUUCGUUGGCACCUGGACUAGUUUCAGUUUCUUGAAGACAUUUGCUUCUCAUUCAAGAAGCUUCACUUCUAACCAACUGGAAGGGAGUGCAGGCUUUGUGUGUGCGACAGAAUCGUUAAGGUCACAAAUUGGAUUUGUGUGGGUCGUUGGGGGUAGAUGAGGAGUGAACUCAGGACCGCAUCAUAGGUGGGUGAUACCUAAUGUCGUAGGCCGCCUGCUCUGUCAUUCCAGUUUGACAUAGAUAGCUUCUUCUUUUGAACCAUCUGUCUUUUCUGGCUAAAAGCAUACAUCGUGGACAGAGUCUUUACCUGAGGAGGUGCCAUUUGCUCACUGAGGGGUUGUUCAAUUUCCCCAGUGAACAAGUCUGUGCAGUCCUGGCUGGCAUAAAGCACAUUACCCUGCUUCUGUUCCUUCUUCUCCCCCUCUGUUUUUGAUGGCACAGUCUCAGCUCCAUGGUGUAGAGUUCUGAUAACCCUCAGUGUGCUCCAGUGGGUGGUGAGAGUCCAACAGCAAGUACUGGUCUGGAGAGACCAGGCACAACACAGGAGAGCCAACUCCUCAGGUCAAGACUCUGCUGUCCACUUACAUCUGCAGGACAAGGGACAUUCCUUCGACGACAAUGAUGUACACUUCCGAACCAGAGAAGACAUGGUUUGAAAGAAGAAGCCAUCUAUGUCAAACUGGAACGACCAUCUUUGAGCAGAGGAGGUGGCCUACGAUGCUACUUAUCUGCCACUUACAAUGCGGUCCUGAGUUCUCUCCCCAGAAGCAUCAACACCCAUUCACACCUGCACCCGUCUAGCCCCAACAAACCACACAAAUCGCAUUUGGGACAACGACUCACCUCACAAGUGACCUUAACGACUCUGUGGCACGCACAAGCACACGCGCACGCACGCACGCACGCACGCACGCACGCACGCACGCACGCACGCACGCACAGAGUUUAAAGCCUGCGUUCCCUUCUGGUUGGUUAAAACUGAGGAAGCUUCUUGGAUGAGAGGCAAAUGUCUGAAAGUAGUCCGGUUGCCAGCAGGUGGCAGCAGUGCGGAAAAAGCAGAAAGCAGGAAAUGGACUGUUCCACACUGGAUCCACUAAAGACAACAACAAAGACAUGACAUCAGAUAUUUUCUACAACCUUUAAUGAGCUUUCCCAGUUUGCUUUGUGAUGCCUACAUAUUAGCCUGCAGUCAAUCAGAAUACAAUAAAGAUUUUUUUUAGUCAUUUCAGAUGCAAUCAGAAUGCUCAUACAUUAAAAAAAUAUAAAAUGCAAAAUAAACAUACAUCUCUUGAACAUUUAUUUGCUUGUGCUUGUGGCUGAUUUGACUGGAACCUACAGUAUCCUUCAGUCAACAGGAAUGUUGGGUGACAUCAGUCGCCUGAUGUAACUGGUGCUCUACUUCUCUAUAACGACCGCGGCCUGACUGCGAGCUGAGCACCUCCCGCUCAGACACACGCACACACACACACGGAGGCCACGAGUGACUUAGCUGCUGAAAAUAACAGUACAAUAGCUGUAUAAAAUAACAAAAUCAACACCACCAGCAUAAGUCAUGUUGACACACGGACAAUGCCGGCAAACACACGAGCCACUUUGUCAAGCAUUUCGUCAUCCUGCAAAGUGAGAUCCCUGACAUCACUGCACUGCAAAACAAUCCGUCUUCUCUCCACAUUACGCUGAUCAGCAGGUCUUAAAGGGGUGGUUCAGAUUUUUUGCAGUGGCGUUGUGUGGGGUUCUUAUCCAGAGUCAGCGUGUUAUAUCAAUGUCAGUCGGCAUACCUCAGGUUUGAAGAAGCAGGCUGGAGUCUGACAUGGAAGCUAAGCAACGUACAGCUGUGAAUGGGGAUCAGCAACAAAACGGAUUUUAACCACCUUAAAAAAAGUUCCACCUAAAACACCUAUAUCAGUUUAAGUGUAUGUUAUACUGAGAAUAUUUUCACUGGUUUACCUUACAGUCAGACAGCCAGUUUCAAAGGGGAAGUCAUUAUCAGCUCCAAUUCCCCACCUGCUCUCGUCAAAGCCAGACUCCACUGAGAAACAAUACAAAACACAAACAGUAAUUUUAACUCACUGAACACAGGAG